ACCUUUCGAAUCUGCGAUAGAAUUCGCGGUUUCACGGUAGCGACCCGUUUUAGCAAGAUGCGAACAGGUUGUAAGUCAACCACCGAUGGAUUAAGGAGAUCUGAAAGGAGGAUCUAGAAUACAGCGAUUUUUCUCCGCUGAGCAUUUGAAUUAAUUCUUAUUUCAAACCAUUUCCCUUGCAUUCUUAAGCGUCGAAUCUUUUGCGCACCCCCUAAACUCAGCUGACCAGCAUUACACGGCCACCAAUACCCCCCACCCCAUUGUUUUCCUAAAAAAGCCGCGAAAAUGCGUGAUAAAAACCAUUUUCAGAAUCUUCGAGGAGUACAACGCGUCGCAUAUUAAUAUUAAAAAGAAGGAAAUUUAUCAGAUUAAGAUGUCAUUCAGUGACGAAGAUAUGGAAAAUGAAAGAAGCGAUGAAGAAAGUUAUAAUGACCUGUAUGGAGUUCGAAAUGGGUCAGUUUUUGUGAUAGACGCGACGCCCCCGAUGUUUGAAAAUGAUCCGCACGAAGGAAUUUCUUAUUUUCUACAAUGCAUUAGACAAUAUAAAGAAAUCCUCAAGCAAAAGCUGUUAUGGAAUAGACAAGAUUGGAUGGGUUUGGUCCUAUUUGGGACAGAAAAAGGGGAUACAGAUUCAGGAAUGGAACAUAUUUUAACCUUACAGAAAUUCCAUCCUGUAUCAGUGAAAGAUAUAAAACAAAUAAUGGAAAUAGAUGAAGGAGGCAAGUGGCGAUAUUACCAAAGUAUUGCUUCUACUACAGCAUAUCCAUUAUAUGAUGCUCUUUGGCAAGCAGCAAGAGUAUUUACUUCUGUCUGUGUCACUAUGCCACUUAGAAAAGUACUUUUAUUUACUUGCCAGGAUAAUCCACCAAUGACAGAUAACAAUGAAAAACAUAGAAUAAGAGUAAAAAUACCAGAUUACAAUGACGCAAACCUUCAAUUAUUUGUUGUUGGUUUGGGUGAAAAUUGGAAUCAUGAUUUGUUUUUCAAAGAUUUAGAAAUGAUAUCCAAAAAUAUAGAUCCUGAUGAUUAUGAAAGAAUGUCUUUAAAAGAUGUAUUACAGCAAAUAAAAUUACCAUCUAGAAAUAUGGCAAAACUGCCUUUGAGAUUUGGAGAUAAUGUGAAUAUAAAUGUAUCCCUCUACAACUUUUGUGUUAAAACAACAUAUCUAAGGAAGAAGAACAUAAGUAAAGAAACAGCUAUUCCAUUAAAUACAUGUUCAUAUUUACAAAUAGCCAGUGAUGGGAUAGAAUCUGAAGAUGAAGAAAAUGCAGUACAGCCAUCUCACGUUUUAGAAAUGGAUGUUCAGAAAUAUCAAACAUAUGGUGGUAAAAACAUACGUUUCACAUUACCAGAAGAACCGUCUUUAUGUAGAAUGCAACAACCAGGCAUUGAUUUAAUUUGUCUGAAACCCAUUUCUUAUCAUCCAUUGUACCAUUUUGGACCUCCAUAUUUAGUUAUACCUACCAAAAGUAGCAAUAAAGAUCAAAAACUAUUAUUUGCGGCGUUACUUCAUAAAUGCGAUGCCAAAGAUUUAAUGAUAAUAUGUGCGGUAACGAUACGAAGACGUUCUUCGCCACUUUUAUAUGCUAUGAUACCACAAAUACAAAAGGGUUUUUUUUUAUACAAUAUACCAUUUAAAGAAAACGUUCGAGAAAUCAGUCAACAUUUGUCAGAAUACAUAUACGAUGACAAUAACAAUCUACCUCCAACUGACGCAAAUGGAAUUGAAGUACUUGAAAAAAUGAUAAAUGAAUUAAGUAUUGAGUAUAAUUCAAAUCUUUUUUCAAAUCCUAAACUUCAAGCUCAACUUCAGACUGUAGAAACAUUAGCCUUACAGUUAGAAAACAGUGAUCCAAUAAUUGAUACUACACUUCCAAAAACUGAGGAGAUGCGUGAACGGGUGAAGGACUUGUUGGUUGAAUAUGAUAAAAUAUUUAAUGAAAACACAGAUCAUCCGACAACAGGAUCAUCCAGCAAAAGAAAUAGAAGUGCUGAUGUAACAGUAGAAAGUACUAUGUUAGAAGAUUCAGAAAAAGUACACAAACUUGUAGAGACUGGACAGAUAGAAAAAUUCACUGUACUGCAGUUAAAAAGUGCGUUACGAAAGCUGUAUUUGAAAACGUCUGGUAGGAAAGACGAAUUAAUACAUAGAAUCACGCAAUAUUAUAGACGCCGUCCUCCGUAUUAUUAAUUGUUGUCUAGUGUGUAAGAGAAGAUAUUUUAAUAUAAUAUUUUUGUACAAUUUAUAAUAAAAGAUGUAUUUUCAUUAACUAA